GGUCCUCAUGCCUUUGACCAAGAUUUCGAGCACUGCCGCUCUCGUUUUGCACUGCUUUCGGAGCGCCCCCUCUCUCCUCCGCCAGUUCAGAGAUCGGAAGGCGCGAGCUCCGGCCGAUCGCGGCGGCGCUCGGAAACCAGCUUUUGGCUCUCUCAGGAGUAUAUCGUCAUAAAGUAUGUGUGGAAAGUUCGAGUCAUCUGUUUUUUCGUCGAAAUCACGGAGUGUGUAUUUCAAGCGAUGCUAAUUGCAUGCGCACUUGGUUCAAUUGAAGAUGCCGAGCGUGACCCUCGACCAGUCCGACAAGGACUCGGAGCCCUUCGUGGAGGUGGACCCGACCGGGCGCUACGGCCGGUACCCCGAGCUCCUCGGGUCCGGCGCGGUAAAGAAGGUGUACCGGGCCUUCGACCAAGAGGAAGGCAUCGAAGUGGCCUGGAACCAGGUCAAGCUGAGGAACUUCGAAGACUACCCGGGGAUGAUCGACCGGCUCUACUCGGAGGUCCGGCUCCUGCGGACCCUCAAGAACAGGAACAUCAUAGCCCUCCACAACGUGUGGCGCGACGACGAGCACGGCAAGCUCAACUUCAUCACCGAGGUGUGCACGUCGGGGAACCUGAGGGAGUACCGGAAGAAGCACCGGCACGUCUCGGUUAAGGCGCUGAAGAAGUGGUCCAAGCAGAUCUUGAAGGGCUUGGAGUAUCUGCACACUCACGAUCCCUGCAUCAUCCACAGAGAUCUGAAUUGCAGCAACGUCUUCGUCAACGGGAACGUCGGUCAGGUCAAGAUUGGUGAUUUGGGCUUGGCGGCAAUCGUGGGCGAGAACCACGCGGCGCAUUCGGUCAUCGGGACACCGGAGUUCAUGGCACCGGAGCUCUUCGAGGAAGACUACACGGAGUCGGUCGAUGUGUACUCAUUCGGGAUGUGCCUGCUCGAGAUGGUGACGGUGGAGAUCCCGUACGGCGAGUGCGACAGCGUGCCCAAGAUAUACAAGAAGGUGAUCUCCGGGGUGAGGCCGCAGGCUCUGAGCAAAGUGAGGGACCCCCAAGUGAGGACCUUCAUCGAGAAGUGUUUGGGGCAGCCGAGGGUCCGGCCUUCGGCUUCUGAGCUACUCAGUGAUCCUUUCUUUGAUGGGAUCGACUCCGACAGUGAUGAGAACUAAAUGUUCGAAAGCCAAUUUGUACAUAACUAGUCAAUCAAGUGCAUAGAUGAAGUUACUUCAAUUUCCUUUGCGGGGCUUGUUUAGCCGCUUGGUUUCGGAUAUGUUAUUCCAAUGUCGUUUUUAGGUCGUCUGGCCCUUUUCUUUUCAUUUUGUACAUGAUAACUCGGGAAAAAAACCGAGCGAGUGAAGGAUGGAGGGAGUGCUUUUUAUAGAGGCGAAAAGACUUUGAGUUGAAUGUUUCUAAAUAUGACCAAAGAGACGAGAAAAAAGUCAACGAAUUAUUUUCA